GAAGUCUAUUCUGCUAUGGCCCCCAUAUGGACUUAAGUAUGUGCAUACCUUGUUCAUGAUGUUAUGUCUCCAAGAACCAUGUUGUUCAAGUUGUACUGUUUUUAUCUCAUGUUCUUGAUCAAGAUUUUCAUUAUGUUGUCAUUAUUUGGCUGUGUGACUAUUUCAGAAUCUGAGUCAGAGUCAUGGUUUGUGCAACAAUAUGUAAGACAAGCUCAGAGGAAAUUUGAGUUGAAAACCAACAAGUUUUGGGAGUAUGAUGAGCAAUCCAACAGUUGGUUACAAGUGGAUUUGCCUUAUGAUUUAGUGUCUUGUUUCAAUGAUAACUGUACUAAAGUCAAUAGAAUUGAUCAGACUAAUCAAGAACCUGAAAAAGAUGAGAUCUUUACUAAAGUUAAGGAUGAGGGAAGUUCUUAUCCUUAUCUUCCUUUGAGAAAAAGAGUUUCUUUGACAAAAAUGUCUGAAGCAUCUAUCUGGAUCACUGGUGUAAGUGGAUCAAUCUAUGAAAGAUUUUGGAAUGGAUUGCAGUGGGUUGUAGCACCUCAUGAUUUGUCAAUAUCAGCAGGGUAUGCAGUUUCUGUUUUCAUGGUCAAUCAGACAAUUCUUGCUCUAUCAGAAUCAGGAUAUAUCUAUCAGUUGCAGCUAAGUGAUGAUCAGCCAGUUUGGAUAAAUAUUACACCAGCAAGUGAUCAUCAAACAAGUAAAGAAACAGAACUAAUUCAGAUUGUGUCAGGAGUUGUAUCCAGUGAUAGGAAGAGAAUAUAUUUCUUCACAAAGAAUGGAACUUUAUUAGAACUCACUGAGGUUGAUCUCAUAAGGUGGACUAAUCAUGGAAAACCUCCCGGAGCAAAUGUUGCAGCAAUCGCGGAUGCAUCUACAUUUAUAUCAGAAGUAGUCUUUACAAUUAGUACUGCAGGAGAUCUUUAUGAAUACGAUCAGCGCUCAAGGCCAUCAUGGAAGAAGCAUAUACAAAAAGAGUCUUCUGAUCAAGAUACUUCUCUGAAACCAUCUCUAGGAUGCAGUUUAAAAGGAGUGAAUGGAGCUAUUUCAAAAUCUUUGUUUCUCUUGGCUAAGGGAGGAUAUUUAAUAGAGAGACGGUCGCAACAAAGGAAAUGGAAAUGGAUUAAUCAUGGAAAUCCAAAAGAUCAUGUCCUGUCUUCCAUUACAUGCCUUUCUGAAGAAAACUUGGCUGAAAAUUCAAACUCAUUGUUUCUUACAACUGCAGCUGGUUACAUUUUCGAAUAUCGAAUUCCAGAUCAUUCAGGCAUUGACCAAGAGGAUGAUACUACAAAAAGUUGGAUCAAUCAUGUUUAUCCCCCUUAUGCCAAGGCUGCAAGAGGAAUUCCAGGAGUGCAAUUGCAUCCUGGCAGAAUUAUUUUCCCACUUGAUGAUGGUAGGCUUGGAGAGCUUCGCCUAUCCGGUCUCGGUGAUGAGAGUUCCGGACCGAACUAUCAAAUUAAUGCCAGAAGAAGAUCAUCACAGAAGUAUGUAUGGUUUCUAGUAGAUGCCCCAGAAACAGAAGGAUGGAAUGCAGAGUAUUGCACUGAAGAACAUGGACCGUCGAAUUGCAUUGCAGGCAUCAAAGAUGAAAACAAUGAACUUGAUCUCACGACAUCGACAGCAAGAAGGAGAAGGACAAGCAAAGAACAAUACAGUUACAUAUCAAUUGAUAUGUCAGCUAGGAAAGCUGCUGAACCCGAGGGAGACUACAAUAUCCCGGAUAACUGGAUCAACAAAAAUUUCCAUCUGAGGGUGAUGCAUGAAGGAAAAUCAUUCUUCCUAAUAACGGAGGGUGGUCUGAUUUUCGAGUAUCUAAAUUCUGAUAAUGUGUGGUUCUGGCUUAGGCAUGAUCAUCCAACAGCUAUGAGAGGUGCCCUUGGGAACUAUAAUGGAAGUUUGUUUUUGGUUGAUGAGCAACGGAGUUUGCUCAUCAGAGAAAGAGAUAGUGCUGAACUAGCAUGGAUUAAUUGCACUGCUAUGAAGAAAGGAAGGCAAGUAAUCGGAGGUCCUCCGUGGGACGAUCUACCAGGGAAAUCUCGAAAUGCUAGAAAAGAAGAUGCACUUUUCUUUGUAAGCAAAAGUGGGAGAUUGCUACAAUUUGCAGUUGCACUGAGAAAGUUCAAAUGGAAAGAUUGUCGGUACCCAGCCAGUACAAAGAUUGCAAGCAUUGCUGACCAGGAACUGCUCCGAGAGAACGUGGUGUUUGUCAUUGGAAGGAACGGACGCUUAUACCAGUAUAACAAAGUUACUGAACUAUGGCAUGAGCAUUACCAAUCUCAACAUUUGGUUCUAUCAAGAUCUCCUGGAACUGCAAUGAGGUUAUCUUCACUGUCACUGCAAGGUUCUCUUUUCAUGCUUUCGGCAGAUGGUGGACUAGUUGAAUAUAAUUGGAAUCCGUCCAACGGAUGGAAUUGGAUAGAACACGGAACACCAGAUCCAAGUGUCAUUCUUGUUGGUUCACCGGGACCAUGCUUCACAGGUGCUCAUCUGUUCUUAAUAGGUUCAGAUGGAAAAGUGUAUCUAAGGUUCUUGGACAAUGGAACAUGGAAAUGGAGAAGCUGUGGCUUCCCAUAUAUGGCAAAUGAAAAACAUGUCUCUGAUAAUCAUGAUCGUAAAGAAACUUGUACUUCCGAUGAUCUUGCAGAUCGUUUAGAGAAAAUUGAAGAAAAACCUCCAAAGCCUUAAACAAAAACUGUGACUCCAAGGUUAGUGUUUAUUUACAAUUCCUCUACUUGCUUCUUGAAUAUUUGGACUAUGUUAUACGGACUCUCCAUCCCUUUGCAUAAUUUUGAGUCCAAACAUUCAUGAUCCGGAUGUGAAUGAGUCGAAUGACUUAUAAUCCAAUAAGUAAAACAUUGGUAUGGGCACACCUUUUUGAAUACUAAACAGUAUUUGGGCUAUGUUACAUGAACUACCCAACCACGGGUUAGCGAGUUCUGUAGAACCUAGAGCUUCGGGUAUACAUAGUCUAAAAUCUAUAUUUCAGAACCCACAAAUUCUAUAUGAGCCAUCGCCUAGAUGCAGUUACGUUGGUAUAGCACAUCUUUAUGAAGCCUAACAUAACAGCAGUGAAUACUUAUCCAUGCAACAAAGUCUCUAUUGUCAUAGUCAUACAUUGGUUUAUAAACAGGUGGCACUUACAAGACCGAUUCCUUUUUCGGAAGAUUCAGUCAUAUUUGAGCUCAGAGAUGGCAGAUUGGCAGAAAUGCGACGGACAGGAAAUACAGAUUGGACAUGGUCACGUACGAUUGGCACUCCUACUAGCCUCUGCGUAACAAGUUUCUGGGCAACUUUAGCAUAAUAGCAUCAAAAACACAUCGUCACGUUAGCUGCAGGACAGGUGAAAAGAUCAAGCAAGCAACAGCUUACAACUAUACAUGUAUAUAUAUAUAUAUAGAGAGAGAGAGAGAGAAGAAGAACUAAACAGAAAUUAGAAAAUAAACAAACUUGUACAGUUUUCAAUCCAUGUUUCUUUGUACAGACACUGUAUUAGAGUAAAAUGCUUGUAAAUCUACAAUUUAUCAUAGUAAGAUGCAUUUACAAGUGUUACAAGUUUAUAUAGUUCAUUUUUAUUUUUAUU